AAAUUCCCAAAGCCUAGUCUAAUUAUUGGAAGGUUCAUGUUGAUAAAGUACAGCUCAUCCUUCCCUCCACAUCAUGUCCCCUCCUCGCUGGCCACACUCACUGCAUGCUUUUUAAAUUCACACCACCAGCCUCCAGACGUCGUUUCCUUUUGCCUAGGAGAUGAUGGACAGCAGGAUACUGGAUACACCUCAUGCCCAGUUCGGAGGCUCUCUCGGCGGGAUGGUGGGCUUUCCGUACCAUCUAAGCCACCAUCAUGUUUACGAAUUAGCCGGUCAUCAACUUCAAUCUGCGGCCGCAGUUCCUUUUUCAAUAGACGGAUUACUUAAUGGUUCCUGCACAGCUUCAGUGGUUAAUUCGAACCCCCUCUUGUCUGGCUGUGGUAUGAAUGGAGAUAACCAGCAGUACAAGCUGACAGAUUCGUGUGACCCAGACAAGGAUAGCCCUGGUUGUAAGAGACGACGAACUCGCACAAAUUUCACUGGUUGGCAACUGGAAGAAUUAGAAAAGGCUUUUAAUGAGAGUCACUAUCCGGACGUGUUCAUGAGGGAAGCACUGGCUCUGAGAUUGGACUUGAUAGAAUCGAGGGUACAGGUAUGGUUUCAAAAUCGUAGAGCUAAGUGGAGGAAAAAAGAAAACACAAAGAAGGGUCCAGGGCGACCAGCUCACAACUCCCACCCAACAACAUGCAGUGGAGAGCCCAUGGACGCGGAGGAGAUCGCCAGGCGAGAACUGGAGAGGAUGGAGAAGAAGAAGAGGAAGCAGGAGCGAAGACUGUUGAGGUCCCAGAAUAAACUUUUGUCAGGGGACCUAUUUCACACCCCAGGAUCUGACAGUGACAGCGGAGUGUCACAAGUGACAGACAGUGAACAAAAUCCACAUUGUGACUCUGUAGGCCGAAACCAAACCCAAUCGAGCUGUGACCAAACACCACAAACCCUCCAGAACCAAAGACACUUGAACCAAGAUGCUGGUGGAUCCGAGCUGGACUCGUCCGACAGCAGUCAACAGUCAAGCACGUGCGCCAACAGCAGAGCCUCCACCCUUCAGAAACUGAACCCAUUCAGCGUAGAAAGCCUUCUAUCCGACUCCAGACCAAGGCGCAAACCGAACAUAGAUGGAUUUUCUGCCUUACCCUCCUCGCGGCCUUUGAUAGGGAAAGGACAUUUCUUACUCUAUCCUAUCACCCAGCCGCUUGGAUUCAUUGUUCCUCAGACUGCUUUGAAGACAACACCACCAGACUCAGAUACUGACAACUCCCCACAAAGAACCCCAGUGAAUGACAGCAGCUUAUCUGCCAAUACUGGACAUAAAAACCACAAGGAGUCCAACAAUCUCAACGACGCGACAGCAAUCAAAGUGCAGGUCAACUUUACCGCGAAAAAUACUAGUUCCCCACAGAACAGCCCAGGCCAUGUUACCUUUUCCGGUAGAAACUGUAGUCAGCCUUCAGCCAGUUGUAGUGCAACAUGUUUCCAAGAUGAUGAUGAUUCAAAGUAUCUGCCAUUAGACAAAAAAGAGCAGUCUGUAAAAGACUACCCAGAGACUUCCGAGUCUGUGACAACCAACUGUCCACCAGAGACAAAGACAGAGACUCAAGAUGUCGAUAUGGAAUAAUAGACCUAUAGGUGAGAAAAAAUAUUGAUAGCGUCAACAACACCUUUCAUUUGCCCAAAGCUCAAUCACGUCUUAGAAUAUAAACUCUCAUUUUACAGAUGACAUAUAUAGCCUAUUUUCUGAUGAUGAUGGGUUAUAACUGUGUGUGUGUGUGUGUGUUUGUUGCGUGCGUGCGUGUAUAUGUGCACGUGUGUGUGUGGUGGUGGUGGUAGUAGUACUAGCCCCCCUGUGUAACGAACUGUAAAAAUACAUAAAAACCACAAAAAUCCUCAAAGGCUGUAAAAAGUAUUAUAAUAUUUAUAUAUGUAAGGUUUUCAUAAAUAAAUCGAUUGUAUACAAUAAAUCCAAACCGUGUGAGACCUUAAAUAGCCCGUAUAGUGGGUAUAGGUAGCGCUUUCUGCUAAAAUCUGAUGUUGUAUUUUGUGUAUUGCUUUAACAAAUUUAUUCAUCUAUAAGCCUCACUGAAAUGAGGUUACGAGCCGGAGGCGAAAGGACCCGCUCGACUCCUGCAGAGUUUUGAUAUGAAAGUAAUUAUUUUCCCGGUGGCUACUGCAGGGAUUCAGUUUAUUUUAGCCCAAAGGGUUAUUAUACAUUACCGAUUUCUAGUGAUAUGAAAUCACAUAAACUUCCAAGAAUAAUAGAAUUAGCAUGAAAGGCUGGGGUGUCAAAUUGAAAUAGGAAAAUAAUAGCCCCGGCAGCUGGGAGUGUGUUUGUGCAUAUUGGAUAGGAGAUGGGAAUUCGUGGGGCGGAAUUUUCAUGAGCUUUUCACUUUGUCAGGGCCCUUGUAGCCGGCUAUAUUAAGAUAGAUGUUCGAUGAUAUCCCUCAUUGUUCUGUCGCUUACAUUGAUGUUUCUGUGUUAUCAGCCUAUUGAUCAUGCGUCGGCUGUAAUAGGACGGGCGAAGCAAACGUGCCUAUUUACAAUAGCAGAACACAUUUGUUCUAAUAGGGUUGGCGGUCCCCAGGGAUGCUGUGCAGGCUCGGGGACAUCUGCGCCAUGGCAAUAUUAGCAAUGUUGACCAGAUCUAAAGUCGAGGUAAGAAAGGAAAGACCAUUCACAUCGCAUACAGCUUGUUUUACAAGAUAGGGCCUAUAGGUAUAACGCACGUGAAAAUGCCCUCAAUAACACGAACAUCUAAAUCCUAAAAAUGGAAAACAUCCAUUCCAGUGUGGUGUAGUUGUCCUGAAAUACCCAGAGUUCCCUGCUACUCUUUUAGGGUCUUGAUUUGCAAAUAAAUUGAAAAUAAUCAGAGGGGCAGCUUUACAUCUGAGCCGGCGCAAAUGAAUUUCUGAGCCUGUGUCCCUUUCAAAAUAUUUACAUAAUUUUCACCCGAUGACUGCUGUUUGCUCAGAGGAAGCAAUGACUUAUUGGGUGUGGGUGAAGGGGGGCUCUUGGUAUAAGAGACAGGCAAAAGUGUAUAGGGAAAGGGAAAAUUUAAUCUCAACAGAGAGUAUAUAGGCCUAUGGCAGAGACAGAAAGUCAAUAAGCUAAUGAAUAACUUAUUAUUUGAUGAAAACAGAUCCAAAUACAAUGGCCCUUGGAAGUCCUCAACCCAACAAAGAUAAUACUUUUAACUUUUAUUAAAUAUAUAUUCCUAUACCCGACAUAAUAUUUAAAGACAUUAUCUUCUUAUUCAGCCAGCCGCAGCCAGCCCAGCUCCCCCAAUUAUUGAGCUUUAUUUCUGUCAGUGGGUUGCCAUUUAGGAUAUUUGGAAAUUAGACGUGUCCUUCAAUAUAUAUAUGUUUUUUUGUGUGUGUCUUAUUUGGAGCGUAUGUUGCAUGGUAGGGGGUGUUCAUGUUUAAUUCAUUAGCAUACUGAACAGGAGUAUCGUGGCUGCACACUGGUGGCCUUAAGGUGAAAUUAGCGAUUUGCUUAAGUAGUUAAGCUUUUUUUUGCCUGAGAGCUGCACGCUGUAUGAUUCAAGACAAACUAUCAAUCGAUAUAGCCCAGGCAGCCUCCAGGAAAUGUGUCCUCCAUGAAUCAUACUUUAUGAAUUCAAUUUCUACCCGGAGAAAUUUUCAAUUUGAACGCCGGAUCAUUAUGGGAGAGUGUAAAUUGUUUUUGCUCUAUUAUGCAUCGGACGCCAUCAUUUUUCUUUCUAAUUACGGAGGUGUCAGGUCGGGCUGUCAUGCAGGCGCUGAUUUUCAAUUUAACUGAUCAUCAUGCAUUCAUUUUCCCAUUUGAUAAAUCUGCUAUCUCGACGCCUCUCCAUGCCUGGAAUGCUAAAAGAGAGACACAGACUGGCAAAGUAAUAGGGGCGUAUAUGCAGCAAUAAGUGCAGAUCAGGCAGCUAAUUUAGCACCUCCUGAUAUUUCAUUUCCAUUUUUCAUUUUCAACUCUCAAAGGAGGGAAAAGCAGCCCAAAGGCAGAAAGCUCCUUCGUAUUCAGCAUCAGAGAGGGAAAAAAGACUACGAAAAGCUUGUUUUCAACGACACAUCCAAAUUGGGAUAUCAAGCUUAAUUAAUGCUAAUUGAGUUUCUCAAUACGUGUUAUUUUUAUUUAAUAGAAACAAAUUUGCGCAAUUAAUUAUGAGCGUGAUAUCAAGAACCUCAUUUGCAACAUUCUCUUUUCCCUCCCUCGCAGCUUUGAGUAAAUUAACUUAUUUUGUCAUUUCCCAUUUUUUUUUGCAAAUUAAGGGGGUGAACCAGGAAUUAUGCCAUUGGCAUUAUUUAAGAAUGAAAGAGGCACACUUUUAUAUUUUUACAACAUGCAAUGUUCAUAGCACACACCAAUGUCGAACUAAACAACAUAAUUAUACAGAUAUGCCUACGAAUAUAUUACUUGUCCAUUUACUUUGUUUUUCUUCAGCAUUGCAUGGGCCUAUUGGUGUUAGAAAUGAGUGAGUGUAACAUCACUUUUUAUUCAUGAAGCAAUUCAUUAAUUGUUGUCUCAUCAUUUAAUUUGUUACAGUCUCAACUAUUUGAAGCUGGCUAGUACACAUUAUUAUAGAAAUGAACACAAAGAAAAUUGUGUUUAGUGACCUGCUAACUCAUUGGUUUUGUAGAUUAUAGGAAAGUUAUUAAGCACUUUUCCUUAUACAUUUUCCAAGAUCAUGUUUCCUAACAAGCCUUUAGGAUACUUUUGAAGAUUCUUUGAGUUUCUAAGUGGUUAUUCACGUAUUAUUGCCAGAGGUUUUCUAUAAACUUGUCACUAAUAGUAUCUGCUUAGCAGGGCUUUGUUUCAGUAGCUCGAAAUGAGCAUGAAUGUAGGACUGUGCCAAAUCAAUUCAAGAUUAGAACGAUCAGUCAUACACGACAGACAUCAAAUGACAGAUUCGUUUAGCUAUUCGAUAUGGAACUAUAGAUAGUCCUACAACAUAGCUUAGUAUAUGCGUAUAUGUCUUGCAAAUGUGAGCCUACAUUUUCUAUAAUAAUCAAACAGAGCAAAUGUACACCAAUAAUAUUAGGCUACAACAACCCAUAGACAAAACACGUGACUCAAAAUCAAUUUAGGCAUUGACCGUAAAACAAUGCACAUGCCUAUGAUAAUCCUAUCCCACGUUGCUUGGCCGAGAUAAGAGCGAUUAAGUCUGUCGGUCCAUUAAUAAGCAUGCGAUGUAAUAAAAUCCUAAAAAAGCAUGGCGGAGUUGCUCCAGGAUAGGAGCCAAAUGUCAAGUAGCAUUUUAAGCGAUUGUGUUAAAGAUCCAAGUGCCAGUGUUUCUCUUUGGGUAUCACUGGGACAGAAGGAAGUCCCCUUCAUUCUCUCAUUCAGCUUCACUGAAUUAGCUAAACAACGUUGGUAGCCUAAACUAAAAUGACUUCAAUUUGACAUCAAGUCAUUGGCUGCAUUGUUGAGAUUAGUCGAUCAUAGUCGUUCAUGAACAAUGCACUACUAGCCUAUAGCACAAACUACAACAUGUCUUAUAGAGCAUCCAGUACAUUCAAAGCGUGACAAGAGAGAAGCCAGCAGUCUUUUUUGUAGCUAUUGGCCAAGACAAAAACAUAAGCUACUAUAAGUAGAAUGUUGGCUAUACACUCUUAAAUAAAGUGUUCCAAAAUGGUUCUUCGGCUGUCCCCAUUGGAGAACCCUUUUUGGUUCCAGGUAGAACUCUUGGGUUACAUGUAGAACUGUUUGUGGAAAGGGUUUUGGGUUCCAUGUAGAACCCUUUGUGGAAAUGGUUUUACAUGGAAACCAAAAGGGUUCUACCUGGAACCAAAAAGAGUUCUUCAAAGGGUUCUCCUAUAUGGGGACAGCCGAAGAACCAUUUUAGGUUCUAGAUAGCACUUUUUUUUAUAAGGGUGUAGAGAUGUGUGAAGAUGGAAAUAUUCUAUUGAAAUGUUUAAUGUCUGUUGUGUAAUAGGCCCACCCAUUUGAAGACCUUCUAUAACAUUUAAUUAUCUCAUCAUCUCAACUGUCGCCUGUCGGCUUUAUCUGCAAAUUCACGCUUGGAAAGUACAGGCAGUGGGGGACUGAAUUAUACUCUAUCCAUCUGUCAUAUCAACCAACUACAUCAAACCAUGUGGGAAACAAUAAAGGCAACCACCUAGAAUGAUUUGGUUAUUGUAAGGUUUGAGUUAUAGGCCUAGCUCCAAUCUGCUUUCAGCUACAUUCAAUAUGCCCCAAAAUGCUUUCUCUAUAGCAAAUGCAUCUUGUCAUAUCUGGAUGUAGACAUUCUGGUGUACAUUUGAGGCGUUUGCCAUCCAUUAAUUUGACCUGGAAUAAAUCAACAUCAUAAACAUGACCCAGAAAUGAACACCAACUCCCUUGGUCACUGUGGUUAUUAAAUAUCUAACAGCCUGUGACUGCAGCCCUGCUCUUCUCUGCUAAUUAUCACCUUGUGAAAAGUGUUUCAUUAGCUUUUUUCAUUUAAUGAACCAACCGCGGAAUUCUAGCCAAAUAACUAAUAAGGGGUCUUCCUCAAAGUCAUGAGUAAUGACAUUUAACAUAGGCCUAUGUAUUCUAGAUAGACCUAUAGCUUAUUCAGCUUAUCUAGCCACUCUCAGCUCAUGUGUGAUAUGGAUGGAUGUACUUCCUCAGUGGACCCGUGUGUCAACACCCACAGAUGUAGUGCUUUAAAAAGAUCACUCAAUCUGUUUCCAAAUCCAUUCAGUAAAAAAAAAUAAAGAAACCUACAUGGAAUCAAUAAGGUGUUGCCACACAAGGUCUUAUUUGCUUUACUCUUUUUGCUCCUAGAAAUGACAUCAUGGGUUACAUGGAAUGAAUAGAACGUGCAUUUGAUUGUAUGGCGUUACAUUACCAACAUCAUCCAGCACACAUAUGCAUGAUCCACCUGGGUGAUACCUACUGUAUAUAGAAAGCAAUUUAUGGCUUAAAGCUAGGUUAUAUUCAGACAGCUUACAGGGCUUUCGCUCCCCACCACCACAUGUUUUUCACCUGUGUUGAUAUGCCACAAUGAAGACUAACCACUUUGUGGUGGUUUCUAGAGAACGGCGUAAACAGGCAUUUUCCUCUCCCGACUUCCCAGGGAACCUGCGACCCAGAGGUUAAUGAAGCGUGAAGUGUGAAAACAUCCUGAGAUGGGAUGAGUUAAACAGUGUCCUCAGAUGUUAAGGCAACACUGUCCAAAUCUAUUUGUGGAUGUCAGCUCUUUUCAUAUGCCUCAAAUCAGUCUUUUUCAGAAGGUGAACAAGCCCAAUCUAUAGAUCUGGGCACUUUUCAAUCUAGAGGGCUCUUAUCUUUUAGUAUACUAUCG